CGUCUAUGCAGUUUCUACGCAAACCAACUGUUUCAAAUAAAGUCCUGAAAUAAUUUCCAAUAUAUCUUAAUCAGAGUUGUGCCUCAAGAUCCUUUUGUAUUCGUCUCUUUCUCUGAUAAAUAUCGUCCUAUAUUAUCGAGUCGAAAAACGACAAUUUAAACGAUGCUUGUUGCGGUGACUUUAAGCUUGCUGUUGCUUGAUAUUGGAAACAUUUCUGCAAACCAAUGUUCUCAGAAGAGAUACGACGCAAUCAUAAAAGGCGGUCCAUCUUUACCUGAUGACGAAAUAAUAUCAAGACACAAUAUUACGUCUUUGUUUGUCAUGUUCGAGUGUCACAAUCAUUGCAAUAACAAACUCGAAUGUGUUGGAUUCAACUACAGAACAACAAAAAAUGUCGAAAAUUGUCAACUGACAAACGUUACUAGAAAGAAAGAAGAAACGAAAACGGGAGAUUGGAUGUUGAUGCAAGAUGUUGAAGCGACUAAGAAAGAGGCUGAAAAAGCAAAGGUUACGAGGAAAUCAGGUCUCCACUGCGCUGAUUUGUAUGGAAAGGGAAAUGAACAAAGUGGAAUUUACGAAAUUAAUCCUGAUGGAAAGGGAAGUUUCAAAGUGUUUUGUGAUAUGACAACAUCAGGUGGAGGAUGGACUGUAUUUCAACGUCGUCUUGAUGGAAGUGUUGACUUCUACCGAGGGUGGCAAGAUUACAAACAAGGUUUUGGUAACUUGAGCGCAGAAUAUUGGCUUGGUCUUGACAAAAUACAAAGGAUGACAAAUAUUUCACAAAAUGAACUUCGUAUCGACAUGGAAGAUACAUCUGGGAACACCAGAUACGCUCAUUAUGAUUCAUUUAAAGUCAGCAGUGAAAGUGAGAAGUACAAGUUGAAUGUUGGAGGUUAUAAUGGUACAGCAGGAGACUCGUUAUCAUAUCACAACGGUAUGGCUUUCACCACCAAAGAUUCUGACAAUGAUAAUUUCGGUGUUAACUGUGCAGUGACAUUCAAAGGAGCCUGGUGGUAUGGUCAUUGUCAUUACUCCAAUUUGAAUGGUUUGUAUCAUAAUGGCGCACACACAUCGAACGCUGAUGGAGUCAACUGGUACCAUUGGAAAGGAUAUCAUUAUUCUCUGAAAUCAACAUCGAUGAAGAUACGACCACGUGAAUUUGGAAAGAAGAAAUAA